CAGGUACUUACCAUGCGGUUUGGAAUGAAAGUUGAGCGCUGUCAUCGGCGGGGAGCGGGAUGAGCGACUCGACUGCAGCGCAAGAAUAUAAGUCAGCAGGAGAGCGAGGUUGUGCCCACUCAUCCCAUUAUGGCCACCGUCGAGAAGCGCUGGAACGACGUCGAGAACAUGUCCGCUGGCCACUUCACAUCAGACCUGAAGGAGAAAGCAGAACCGGGGUACACUGUGCACGAUGCCGACGUCUUUCCCGCCGAUGAUGAGCGCGACCCCGCCCUCAUCCCCACUGAGGAGGACUUGCGAACACUCCCUCGUGUCCCCGCUGGCAUGCCUCUUGUCGCGCUCGCAAUGUGUCUGAUUGAGCUCGUCGAGCGCGCAUCGUACUACGGGACAUCUGGGCCGUUCAACAACUUUGUCAACAACCCCAUUCCCCCAGGCGGAAACAGCGCCGGUGCUGUCGCACGCGGCAAAGACCACGAGAACGACUCCCCCGGUGCGCUCGGUCUCGGGUCAGUCUCAGCCUCGGCGAUCGUCCAGAUGUUCAAAUUUCUGGCGUACGUUAUUCCGAUCUAUGGUGGCAUCGUUGCGGACUCGCGCUGGGGCCGUUUCAAGACGAUCUGCUGGGGCACAGCCAUUGGCGGUAUUGCACACGUGAUUCUGGUUAUUCCUGCAAUCCCUCAGGUUCUUGCGGUGCCCAAGGCAGCCCUCGGCGUCUUCAUCGUCUCGGUUAUCAUUCUCGCUUUCGCCGCGGGCUUCAUCAAGCCGUCGCUCGCCCCACUCCUCUGUGACCAGUCGCCUGUCAAGGAGCAGACGAUUCACUACACGAAGAGCGGCAAAAGGGUCAUCAUCGACCCCCAGGCAACCGUCACACGCUACCUCAACCUCUUCUACCUCUGCAUCAAUGUCGGCGCUCUCUUUCAGCUCGCCACCACCUACUCGGCGCGUUAUGUCGGCUUUUGGCUGGCGUUUUUGCUUCCCGGCAUUCUCUACUUCAUGAUGCCGCUUGUGCUCUGGUGGGCCAGCCCCCGCCUGGUGAAGCUUCCACCCCAAGGUUCCGUUAUUCCUGACACCUUUGCGGUGGUUAAGGCGUGCAUGGGCAACGGCGGCUGGAAGAAGUUUGGUCGUGGCGGAGACGCUUUCUGGAAUAAGGCGAAGCCUUCAUUCAUCCGUGAUCGCGACGGACACGUUGACGAAACCAAGGUAUACUGGGACGACAAGUUUGUGGAGGAGAUUCGCCAGACAUUCACGGCCUGUGCAGUGUUCAUGUUCAUCCCUAUCUUCCAGCUUGCCGACGGCGGCUCGGUCGGCCUGGGCAAUAUCGUCAAUGACAUGUCGGUCGCCAUGACGCUCAACGGCAUGCCCAACGACCUCAUCAACAACUUCAACUCGAUCUCCAUCAUUGUGUUCUCCCCCAUCGUCACUUUCCUGGUGUACCCAUUCUUCGAAAAGAUUGGGUGGCCGCUCAAGCCCAUGACCCGAAUGUCGAUCGGGUUCUUCUUGGGCACCAUCGGUUGCAUCUUUGGCGCAGUCAUCCAGGACCGAAUCUAUAAGACUUCGCCGUGCGGCAAGUUUGCGACCCACUGCAUCAUCGACGGCAAGACGGCCGUCUCGCCCGUCUCGCUCUGGUGGCAGAUUCCCCUCAUCAUAUUCCCCGCCAUUGGCGAGCUUUUCGUCAACGUCACCUCCUACGAGCUUGCAUACACGCGCUCUCCUCCCCGCAUGAAGGGUCUCGUGUAUUCACUUUCGCUCUUUAACACUGCCAUCGCGUCUGCGAUCUCGCUGGCGUGCUCCAAAGCGCUCACCGACCCCAACCUCGUCAUUGCGUGGAUCGUCCUUGCGUGCGCCUGUUUCGUGCCCUGCUUCAUCUUCCCGACUUACUACCGCUCGCUCAACACUUUCGAGUUCCAGUGGUCUGCAACGGAGAGGGACGCGAAGAUUGGCGGCGGGCUUAAGCACGAGCCAAAUGCUGGUGUCAAUGAUAUUGAGGCUCAUCCCAUCAAGGACACCGAUAAGUACUAGAGUGGGCAAGUCUCAUGAGAACUGUGCCCUGGAUCUUUGUAUGAGUAGAGGAAUG